GCGGCUAUGUCGCCAAGGGCGCGGAGGUGACAGACCAGUGGCUCCCUGGCGUUCUGGCUCCGCUCAGGGCGACCCUCUCAGGGGCCUCCUGCACAGGGCCCGCUUCUGUCAAAAUGGCAGCGCCCAGCGUGCACGGGUGCCUCUGAGGAGGGGAUUCAGGUCCUUGUCCCUGACAGCGGGCCCGGGUGUCCCGGGUGAGUGGCGGACUUGCUGUCCUGGUCCUGGCUUUGGACCCUUUGUGUCCUGACUCCAGAGGUUUCACUGGGUGUGAAGGAACUUUCAUACUGUUUUACUCAGUGGCUGUACCAUUUCACAUUCUCAACAGAAGGGCCCCAGGUUCAAGUUUCUCCACAUAGGAGCACCGUGGAGAAAAGGUUCAAGGAUGGUUAGUUCAGCCCUGCGGAGAGUUGUCCAUGCACCUGUGUACCUGGUGAAGAAAGCCCGUCACGUGUCCAGAGGCCAUCAGCAUCGGGGCUGGGGCUCUAAGCCUGCCGCAUCAGAGUUUGCGGCCCAUGGGAAUCCAGGUGGUGUGGUGGAGCUGCUGGGCAAAUCCUACCCUCAGGAUGACCAUACCAACCUUACCCGGAAGGUCCUGUCCAUGGUUGGCAGGAAUCUGCACAACCAGCAAUGUCACCCUCUGUGGCUUAUCAAAGAGAGGGUGAAGGAGCACUUUUACACGCAGUAUGUGGGCCGCUCCAGGAGCCCACGGUUCUCAGUCUAUGACGACCUUUCUCCCGUGGUCACAACCUGGCAGAACUUUGACAGCCUGCUCAUCCCUGCUGACCACCCCAGCAGGAAGAAGGGGGACAACUAUUACCUGAAUCGGACUCACAUGCUGAGGGCACACACUUCAGCACACCAGUGGGACUUGCUGCAUUCAGGGCUGGAUGCCUUCCUAGUGGUGGGUGACGUCUAUCGGCGUGACCAGAUCGACUGCCAGCACUACCCAGUUUUCCACCAGCUGGAGGGCGUCCGGCUGUUCUCCAAGCACGAGUUAUUUGCUGGUAUAAAUGAUGGAGAAAACUUGCAGCUCUUUGAAAAGAGUUCUCGCUCUGCCCAUAAACAAGAGACGCACACCAUGGAGGCCGUGAAGCUCGUAGAAUUUGACCUGAAGCAGACACUCACCAGGCUAGUGACACAUCUUUUUGGAGAUGGCCUGGAGAUAAGAUGGGUGGACUGCUAUUUUCCUUUUACUCACCCUUCCUUUGAGAUGGAGAUCAACUUCCAUGGAGACUGGCUUGAAGUCCUUGGUUGUGGGGUGAUGGAACAACAACUGGUCAAUUCAGCUGGCGCCCAAGAUCGAAUUGGUUGGGCUUUCGGCCUAGGACUAGAAAGACUGGCCAUGAUCCUGUAUGACAUCCCCGACAUUCGCCUGUUCUGGAGUGAGGAUGAGAGAUUCCUGAAGCAGUUCCGUGUCUCAGACAUUAAUCAGAAGGUGACAUUUCAGCCUCUUAGCAAAUAUCCUGCUGUGAUAAACGACAUUUCGUUCUGGCUACCCUCUGAGAAUUACACAGAGAAUGAUUUCUAUGACUUGGUCCGAACAAUUGGAGGAGACCUAGUGGAAAAGGUUGAUCUUAUAGACAAGUUUGAACAUCCAAAGACACACAAGACCAGCCACUGCUACCGCAUCACCUACCGCCACAUGGAGCGCACCCUGUCCCAGAAAGAGGUCAGUCGUGUCCACCAGGCGGUGCAGGAGGCCGCGGUGCAGCUGCUGGGCGUGGAGGGCAGGUUUUGAUGUCACCACUCACCCAGGCUCAGCCCUCUCGAAGCGCCAGCAUUCACUGAAAGAGAACAAGAGAUUGCUUGUGAACUAGGGCGUCACUCACCUUUUGCUAAGUGGGUCAUUUUUAGGAGUGGCAGAAAAUAAAGCAGCACUCUUGAGAAACCGU